UCAAAAAACCGGAAUAAGAUAAUGCGGGCUAUAAAUUGAAUCUGUAAGUAUAUUUUUAAGAUCAAAACAAUAAAAUGUGUUCAAUCGUCAUUAUCUUGAUUAUUGGCAUUCUCGUAAGCUUACAAAGCCUUACACAAGCUGAAAAUUGCAGUUUUUUUAGUGAAGAAAGUUUAAAAUUUCCAAAAGAUUUUAGUUUUGGUGUAUCGACAUCUGCCUACCAAAUAGAAGGUGCUUGGAAUGCCGACAAUAAAGGUCCAUCAAUUUGGGAUGUAUUUACACACAAUCAUCAGGAUAAAAUUAAGGAUGAAUCGAAUGGUGAUAUAGCGUUGGAUUCUUAUAAUAAUUUUGAUUUGGACUUGAAAGCCUUAAAACAUCUAAAUGUGGACUUCUAUCGCUUUUCCAUUGCAUGGACUAGAAUCUAUCCAAAUGGUGAUAUUUCAUCGAGAAAUCAAAAAGGAAUUGAUUAUUACAACAAUAUGAUUGAUAAAAUCCUGGCAAAUGGAAUUAAACCUGUGAUCACCAUGUACCACUGGGACUUACCAUAUGAAAUACAAAAAUUCGGUGGCUUCACAAAUUCCUUGAUAGUUGAGCAAUUUUUAACUUAUGCAGAAGAAUUGUUUGAAAAUUUUGGUGACCGGGUAAAAACAUGGAUAACAUUUAAUGAGCCAAAUCAAAUUUGCAAAUUAGGUUAUGGUAUUGGAGUGUUUCCACCUGCAAUUAACUUGCCUGGAGUUGGCGAUUAUCUCUGCUAUUUUAAUCUUCUUAAGGCACAUGGUGCAACGUACCGUCUUUAUCAAUCUAAAUUCUUUGAGAAGCAAGGUGGUAAAGUUGGAAUCACACUUGAUACGAUCUUUGGAUUUUCUAAGACAAAUAAUAACGCUGAUGUAGAUCGUAUAAUGCAAUAUUCUCUAGGAUUAUUAGCGCAUCCUAUUUAUAGUAAGUCGGGAGGAUUUCCUAAAAUUAUGGUAGAAGAUAUUCAAAAAAACAGUCUCCAAGAAGGCAGACGAAAAUCACGUUUGCCAAUUUUUGAUGAAUUCUGGAGGACAACUGUUCAAGGCUCAGCGGAUUUUCUUGGUUUAAAUUAUUAUACAUCAAGAUUUGUAAGACGAGCUGAAAAACCAUGCUUUGAAUCUCCAUCGAUGGAUAGAGACGCAGAUAUUGAAACUAGUGUUGAACCCGAAUGGUUAAUGGGAAAAUCUGAAUGGUUAUACAGUGUUCCGGAGGGUUUGGAAGGACUUUUGAAAUAUAUACGUGAUGAAUAUAAUAAUGUUGAAGUUAUGAUCACAGAGAAUGGAUGGUCUGAUGAUGGAGAAUUAGAGGAUGAUAAUCGUGUUCGUUAUUUUAAGAAUCACAUUCAAGCAGUUAUGAAUGCAGUCAAUGAAGGUUGCAACGUAACUUCCUAUUCAGCUUGGACUUUAGUUGACAAUUUUGAAUGGCUUAAAGGAUACACUGAGAAAUUUGGUCUUUAUUCAGUGGAUUUAACCAGUGAAAAAAAGGAACGCAUACCAAAGAACUCAGCAUUGUUUUAUAAAAACGUCAUCGAAACAAGAACAAUUCCAUGUGAUAGUUGAGUUAAAAUUGAUAUAGUUUGUAAAAACAUUUCAAAUCAUUUUACAUAAAUUAUAUAAAUUUAGAUGUAGGAAUUCACAUGUUUUAGAAAUAAGCUUUCGAAUAUUAUUUAGACAAUUUCUGUGAUCUUAACAUAGAAAUGCAUUAAUUUAAUUUGAAACCAUAUUAAAAAAGAAAAAUCAUUUUUCGAAAAAUUAAAUAACAUAAUAUUUAUUUAUGUAUUAAAAAUCAUUUUUACAAUUA